AUGUCUUCGUUUCCGAGCUCCGUAGAACGAACGGUUGCAUCGUCUCUGCUUCUUCUCAACACAACAUCUCUCUCAUCUCCCUCGCUUUCUAAGUUUCAGUCUGGCUAUAAUUCCAGCGUUGUGGUUCCAGAGAGGAGAAGCGGAAGCAAGAGGUUGAGAGAGAUAUCGGUUUCGUACGGUUCUUCUAAAUCUUCGUCUUCCUCGCUCACCAACGACGACGACGACGACGACGACGGUGAUUCCUCGGAGAAAGAGAUCAAAUCGCGCAGCGUAUCGUUCUCUGCUGUCACGCGUUACCAUCAGAUGAAGCUCGAGAUUGCGAGGAAGAUUCGGUCGAAGGUCGCGUGGACCACGUCGUGCUCCGGCGACCGGAAGCCGAACGCCGGGGAGUUGGCGAAGGUGCUGUCUCCGGCAUCGCUAUCCGGCGAGGUGUCGUCGUGUUUGUCGAGCAGCUCGAGCGGCAUCUCCAGCGAGCGAAGCUUGCGCUACGCUAAGAGAUGCAGAGGCGCGAUUGUGAGUGUGGCCGGAGUCAAUUGCGAGACGGCGGCGCCGUCGCGUUGUCGCGCCGGUUCGCCGAACCUUCGCCGGCGCGGCGAAGCCAUACUGAAGCUGCUCUCUUGUUGCGGUGGCUCCUCUGAAGUGAAGAUCCGUCAAAUGCUCGGUGACAGCCCUGACACUAGCAAAGCUCUACGAAUGUUUGAAAUGUCGCAGCGAAAACAACAAGCGUGA